AUGAACAGGUCGGCAGCAGCUUUUGCGACGGUGGCGCUCUGGGUAUCCCUCGCCGCCGCCGCCAACACGGACGCUUCCUGGUGGGCCUACACGCACGUCCACGUGGUGAACGAAUUCGGCGGCGGCCGGGUGCUGACGGUGCACUGCAAGUCGAGGGACGACAACAUGGGAACGCACUGGGUCGGGCCCAACUCGGAGUACGAGUGGAGGUUCCGGCCCAGCAUCUUCGGGAACACGCUGUUUUGGUGCCACGUUUGGAAGGGCGGCAGCCAGAUCGUAUACGACGCCUAUUACGCCGACGACGACAAGCUGUACGACAGGGUCUACAUGGACAACUCGUACUGGGUUGUUAAGGACGACGGCCUUUAUUUGCGUCAGUUUUGGAAAGGGGUAGACGUCUUCUGGCGCCCAUGGCCCUGA